AUGUAAUAUUUAGGUUUUGUAAAUUUACAGGAAGGUAAUUGGAUGAAUAAUGAAUUAUAAUUUGGUUUUUGCAAAUUUAUAGAUAUUGAGGGUAAUUAUUAUUAAGGAGAAUGGAAAGAUAAUCAAAAGAAUGGUUAUGCUAUGGAAUAUUGGAUAUCAGGGGAUUCAUAUGAGGGUUAAUAUCGAUGUGGUAUGAAAAAUGGAACAGGGAAACAUUUGCGGGCAAAUUGUAAUAGUUAUGAAGGAUCUUAUAUGAAUGAUUAGAUUCAAGGAUUUGAAAAGUAAAAAUGGUCAGAUGGCCAAGAGUAUACUUGUGACUGGUUUCAGAAUUAUAUGUAAAGUAAAGGCACCUUUGAAUGGCCUAAUGGAAAUACAUAUGUUGGAAUUUAUAAGGAAAAUAAAAUGAUGGAAAAGGUAUUUUUACUUUUAAGAUGGUAAAAUAAUCAAAGGGACUUGGAUAUAAGGUAAAAAAAAUGA